AGCUGCCUGUUGAGCCAAAAGAGGACAGACACUCAGACUCUUGGGUGGGAGGCUCGGGUCUGGGUGUCAACUGAGAAGUUACACUGUUGCAGUUAACCUUCAAAGACAGCAGCACGUUGACACUGGGGUUAGUGGGAGCUGGGAAGACGUUACCCCAAUAAUCUACAUCCUUCAGGGUCCACCGUCUAAAAUCAGAAUGGAAACUCAAGCAGACAAAACUCACACCUGUGGCACAAUUUGUCUGAAAUAUCUACUUUUUCUCUUCAAUAUUCUUUUCUGGCUGGCAGGAGGAGCUGUGCUGGCGGUGGGGGUUUGGACUCUGGUGGAGAAGAGCGACUACAUCAGUUUACUGAACUCCGGCUUUUACUCAGCCUCAACUUACAUCCUGAUCGCUGCCGGGGUCAUCGUGAUAGUGACCGGGAUAAUCGGAUGCUGUGCCACUCUGAAGGAGAUGAGGAGUCUUUUGAUUGUGUAUUUGAUCUUGUUGCUUUGUAUAUUCCUGCUGGAAAUCAUUGCGGGUGUGCUGGCCUAUAUAAACUACCAAGAGUGUUUCCCUUUCUGCUACCAGCUGGAUGAGGAGCUCAGACAGAACCUGAAGGUGACCAUGCAGCAGAAAUACCAGCAGCCUGGGGAGGAAAGCGUCACACAGGCUGUGGACAAGCUUCAGCAGGAGUUUAAGUGUUGUGGCAGCAACAACUUCUCAGACUGGACAGACAGUGUGUGGAUCCAGGCUGCAGAUAAUGAGCGGCUUGUUCCCGAUAGCUGCUGUAAAACUCCCACUGACCUCUGUGGCCGAAGGGACCAUCCCUCAAAUAUCUACAAUGUGGAGGGAGGCUGCAUCAUGAAAUUAGAGGAUUUCAUCUUGAGUCAGUUGUAUAUUCUCGGUGCAGUGGGCAUUGGGAUUGCAUUUCUCCAGCUUGUGGGGAUGAUGUUUACUUGCUGCCUUUAUCAAAAUUUAAAAGAAGAUCCAUACUGAUUUCUUAAAUAUCACAAAAUAUGUCACAUCAUGAAUUGUAAAAUGCUUUAUUAACAAUUUUAACACCCUGAAUUAUUUCCACAGUUCUGGAUACUGUGAAGUUAUCAAAUUAUGACAUGAUGAUUUUCAGAUGACAAACACUAGAGAUACCGUGAUGCUGCUGGACAGCACUGUUCUGUUUUUCCUGACAAAUCCUACAGCAUACUUUCAGCAUUUUCCAGUUUAUCUUAACACUAAUAGUAUGUGGAUGAACUUGUAACUAAAGUUUUCAUUUCUUUUUCUUUUCAUUUUUAGUAAUUAAUUUUACAAAAAUUGUUGAUGUUAUUGUUUAUCUUUUUUUAAAUGCAUGUAACACAAAGUUUUAAUUUUAAAAUGAACAUAGGAAUCAUUGUUUGUUUGUUGAAAUGCAAAUAAAAGUCAUUAUUUCCUCUGAAAUUCA